ACCUCCCCCCCUGUGUCUUGCUAGCACAACCUUUAAACUCCCACCCCUUUCUAGUUCAUACGCUUUGCUCCCUGUCGUUCAUAUAGAGAGCGUCUAUAUAUGCUCUCUACCCGCCCACUUUCCCUCGAUUACUUCUACGCUCAAUCGACCGGACAAUCAGCUAAAGCUGUACUACGGAACUGAAUCCCGAAAUUCGUGUCUACAGAGAUACUUAGAAGAUAGACGUUUGUGCACCAUGAAUUCACCAAGCGAGUCAUUUGACGAGGAGGGUGAAAUUUUCGAAACAGAAGUAGAGAAGGCACCUCCAUCGCUGCCUUCCGUUACUGGCCCCAGGGUUGACCGUCUUUCAAGUAGAAACAGAGGCUCGAGAUCUCCCGCCAUCAACAAUUACCGCGGCGGUAACGGUGACACCUACCCUCCAUUUCGCCAUGAUCACUUUGACCCUAGAGACCACAUCCGUCGACCUGGGAACGGGGAAAACAUGCGUGGUGAGAAAAGACGACGAAGCCACGAACGGGGCCCCGAUCCCCGACAGCACAGGGUCCACUACGAAGCAAAUGGUGACGUCAAUAUCGGGAGGCGCCCUAGGGUUUCGUAUGCCGAUAUCGACCGCUCCGAGCCUAGAGAUCCUCCCAAACCUUUCGACCAUGAGGACAGGUACUACCAUGAUACUAAGCGAUCUCGUACGCGCAGUCGUUCGCCCCCACGGGGGCCUAGAGGAGAUGGGAAAGGCGGUAGGCGUGGAUAUUUUGACGAUAGCAGACGUGAUGGUGGUAACAGGUUCGUUGACAGAGAGAGGGAACGGGACAGGGGUAGAAACGACAGCCGCAGACGCUCCCAGGAGCAAUCAGUGAGCGAACAAGGAGAUAUCCCAGUUCCGUCUGAAUUAUCAAAACGAGAUACUGAAUGCUACAACAAACAGUCAGAUCAGGGGAGUGGGAAUAAACAGUCCUUUAGUUACCGUACCUCUCAGAAUGGGGAUAGCGGAAGAAACCCGCCCACCGAGAAGGCUCCGCUUAAACCACCGCCGGAAGAAAUGGAGAUUGAGGAGCCAGUUGAUGAGGCUAAGCUUAUUGAAGAGCGGCGUAAGAAGAGGGAGGCAAUCAAGGCUAAGUAUAAGGGGCAAGCUACACCACUUCUUGUAUCGGCGCUAGCGAUCGCUGGAUCAAACCCGAACUCACCAGGAAUGUCAGAGGGGGAGGCUACUCCAGCUGUAGCAUCCCCUGCGCCUCCUGAUUCUUCGCGUGAAGACUCUCCGGCUGGUACCUUCAACAUAUCAAAGAAUGGUGCAACUAUAAUCAAUGCAGGUUCUACGGCGAUGGCAAUUGCUGAGGAUGAGGGGCCCUCGGCAGCAGAUUACGACCCAACGGUUGAUAUGCAGGAGGAUAACAAACGGUACGAGCAGCGUAUUCACGAUCAUGAGGCGCCCUCUAGUGCAUACGAUGUGACCAAAGUCGUUGUGAGGGAUGGGCAGACACCGGCAAGUUUACCAAAGCAAGAACCGCAGCAGGAGCCUACAAAGAAGGAGGAUGAUGAUGAUUUUGACAUGUUUGCCGAAGGUGACGACGAUGAUAUGUUUGCGGGGCCGAUGCCAAAAGCAAAGAAGGUUGAAAGUCAGACUGACAAGACUCACCCCAUUGUUUCUGACGCGAAGCAACUGGAUGCUAGCCUCUUAGAUAACUGGGACGAUCCCGAUGGGUAUUACCGCGUUAUACCUGCUGAGCUCCUUGAUGGCCGCUACCGGGUACAGACAAAUCUUGGCAGAGGAAUGUUCUCAGGUGUAGUACGAGCCCUGGAUUUGACAACUCAGAAGCUGGUUGCUAUCAAGAUCAUUAGAAAUAAUGAGACGAUGAAAAAGGCUGGGUUGAAGGAAAUUGAUAUAUUGAGGAAAUUGAUCGAAGCAGAUCCAGAUGAUAAAAAACAUUUGGUUAGGUUAGAGAGAUGCUUUGAGCACAAGGGCCAUCUCUGUAUCGUUUUUGAAAACUUAAGCAUUAAUCUACGUGAAGUGCUCAAGAGAUACGGACGAAGUGAGGGUAUUAGUCUAAUGGCAGUUCGUUCAUAUGCUCAGCAAUUGUUUCUCGGUUUAUCGCUCUUGCGGAAGUGCAAUAUAUUGCAUGCAGACCUGAAGCCGGACAAUGUUUUGGCAAAUGAAAACUGCAAUAUGCUCAAGAUUUGCGAUCUUGGUUCUGCAUCCGAUGCUUCUGAAAACGAGAUUACUCCUUACCUCGUGAGUAGGUUCUACAGAGCACCCGAAAUUAUUCUAGGUAUUCCCUAUGACUUUGCUAUCGACAUGUGGUCCAUUGGGUGCACUCUCUACGAACUAUACACUGGAAAGAUUUUAUUCACUGGCCGCACCAAUAACCAGAUGCUGCGUUCGAUCAUGGAGUGCCGUGGAAAAUUCCCACAAAAGGUGCUUCGUAAGGGAAAAUUCACAGGUUUGCACUUUGAUGAUAUGCUUAAUUUCAGGAGUGUGGAGAAUGAUAAGAUCACGGGAAAGGAUAUCACCAAGACGCUUGCCUUCAACAAGCCUAUCAGGGAACUGAAAACAAGGCUCCUAGCUGCAGCAUCGCCUGGAAUGACGGAUACGGAGUUGAAAGAAUUGAAUGGAUUCAUUGAUUUGUUGGACCGGUGCCUAAACCUUAAUCCUGAGCGACGUUGCACUCCUGUCGAAGCACUCAAGCACCCGUUCAUACAUCGCACAAAGUAGGUUGGAUAGAAAGGUGAUGUCAUAAAUUCCAUGUUUCCAGCCCUUGCUAUGAUACUAGGGGGAUUUUUUUGAUUUUUUUCCUUUUUCCUUUUUUUCCUUUUUUUCCUUUCUUCCUUUUUUAAAUUAUAUUUUCCUCUU